AUGGAUGCUCCAGAGGGAGGAAACAACGCGACAACAGGAUUGCGUCGGCCCAUGCAAGACUACACCAGGCUGCUCGACUUCUUGUCGCCUGCUUUGGUCACCUUGUUGUCCAACGCGAGCACUUCCGAGGAGCAACGGUGCGUUGCCAUCGUUCAGCAUGUGAUAGCUCUGGGUCUUCGAACCCCCUCUGAGCACAGCAUGGCUUUGCUUACUGCAUUGCAUGUGUUUCGGGGCGUGGAGCACUUUACUAACUGCUUCCAACUGCACAGCGCGUUGGAGAGCAUGAAGUUAUCUUUUCGCAAGCAUGCUUCGCGUGCUGGUGCGAUUCCUGCAGGUCAAACUUUUCUGCUGCAGUUGCCAUGCACUGUGGCCCAGUCACCUGCGGUGUAUGCUGCAGCUGCUUUGCCAACCGGGGUUGCUGUGUUGGACCCGUCUGUGCAGCAGUUCAUUUUCUCUUUGGCUCAGCGCGUGCCCUUGCGCAAGAGCAACAAGCAAGCGCCGCAGCAGCAGUUGGCUGCUGCUUCAGCUGCUGCUGCUCCUGCAAACUUUUGGGAGGGAUUGGGUGGACUGGGCGCAUUUGUGGGUGCCGCUUUUGCUGGGCAGCUUGGCGCGGGGGCUCGCGGCGUGACAGCAGCGUUGCCGGCCCCGGAGCUGCCAGAGCCCGCUCCUGCUGCCGCGCCCUUGUUGGCAAUCGCUGAUUCGCCUACAGAGCCUCUGAAAGCAGCAGAGGACCAGUUGCGUUGCAAGCUCGAGCCUGAGGUUGGUGAUGACCAACCCCCUGGCUUGGUGGCAGCUGCUGCCUCUCUCUUGUCAGGCUCCGGUAGUAAAACCAAAGCUCUGCCCAAGAAAGGAAAGCCCGCGGCCAAUAUUGAAGGCAAAGCUGUGUCCAAGAAAGGCAAGCCCGCAGCCAAUGUUCAAGGCAAAGCUGUGCCCAAGAAAGGCAAGCCUGCUGCCAAAGCCACUUCGAAGCAAAGCAAGAAAGCAGCUCCUAAGAAUCAGUGUGCUCGCAAGAAGCCUGCGGCUGCCGCUGCUGCUCGCAAAGCCGGCGCUGGCCCCUGCACGCUGAAGAACACAUUGAAGUGUGUCACUUCGCGCGCCUAUCAUCAGGCGAAGGUGCUUGCACUCAAGAAGGGUCUCUCCAAGACGAAGGCCAAGGCAGCGGGCAGGCGAGCUUCCGCUGCUGCAGCUACUCUGUGGCACAAGUGA